AUGGCCGCCUCUGUCGAUUCCAUCAACGCCCAUCGUCUCCCACCGCUUCUGUCUCCCAGAUCGACUCCUCCGCCAUCGACAUGCGCCGACGAAGCCCCCGAGAAACUCCCCACGAUUCCCUCCGAUGAGGACCACUCUUCUGAAGAAGGCUCGCAUGUGAGUGGCAGUUUGCGCCGCGUAGCCUCUGCCUCGUCGUCCAUUUCUGAACCAGCGGUCGAAGACGACGAUGAGGAAGAGCUGGAGGUUGAGCCGGUGGAGGAUACGGUAGAGAAAGAGAGGGACCAGGAUGAAAGCAAAGACCUCGAUACCGCAGUGCCCUCUGGUAGGGCCAGUCGCAGCAGCACGAUAAGCAACACGACAAACCCAAACGUUCGCCGCCUUUCUGCCAGUGAGAUGCAGCGCCUCACGAACUCUCCCGAGUCCCUCCCCGUGGCCCCCGCGCCCCAGCGGAGGUCAAUCGACGAAGACUCAGCAUCCCAUCUUCUUGACCAGCGCGAAGCUAUACGACAAUCCACGAUGCGACUCGAACAGGCUCAACAAACGCUCGAGGCUUUCCCAUCGCUGCAGCCCAACAGUGUCGCUGUCGAGGCUCGUGCUAGUGGGAGUGCUGGUCUUGGUCCGCCGAGAGACAUCCAAAUGGACUUUCAACGACGGCCGUCACCUGGAGCGCGUACUCUGUCCACGCCGCCCACAACCCGUCCAUUAGCUGGUGAUUUAUCUGGGACGUCUUCACCACGAAGAUAUUCGUCAUUCAACCCAAAUGGCCGCCCGACAUCUCUUCACCUAAAUCUUGAUGGUUCAGGUGGAACAUCCCCCGUGUUGAAUACUCGAUCUGGCCCAGCAACCGCCAUUCCAGUCACGGAAUCCUCAGGUCUCCGACCACCAUCACCGAUUCCACCUAUAAUCCCUCUACCUCCCAUGUCGCUCCCUACACAUCUCCAGCUGGAGCUGGCGGCUCAGCGACCUAGUCCGUUGUACAUCCACCAAUCCCACGCCUACGACAUCCCCUACGAAUCCAAUGCCGCCAAGUUCGAGCGUCUCAAGAAUGUGCUAUUCCUCCCACCAUUCCUCGAGCGCACCCUUAACUUCGGAGCUCUGGCAUGUCUCGACGCCUGGCUAUACAACUUCACCAUUCUCCCUAUGCGGUUUACGUUGGCUUUGGGCGUACUUGUUCACUGGUGGUUCUAUCUCGUUCUUAAGGAGGUCCGAUGGCUUGUCGAUUAUGUAUGGUACGGCCUGGGACGGCUUUGGCGACGAGGACGAACAUCACGGCCCACUACUACUGACGAAUCAUCUGAUGAAACAAGAUCACGUAGUGAGAGCCGUCCUCGAGGUCGAACAGAGGAUACGAAUGAAACCCCAGAGUUGAAAGAUCUAAAAACGCACCUGAACGCACACUUUAAUCCUCUACAACCUCGAUCACAGCCUAGAUCUGGAGCUUUCCGACAUAGGAGGACUAAGUCAAUGCCCUCCAACUUGUCGGCUUUCCAUAAAGCAGAUCUCCUCCGAGGAGCUGUCAUCAUUUGCAGUUCCAUGGCUCUCAUGACCCUCGAUGCAAGUCGCAUGUAUCACUUCAUCCGAGCCCAAUCCGCCAUCAAGCUCUACGUCAUCUACAACAUUCUCGAAGUUGGUGAUCGUCUUCUUUCUGCUCUGGGACAGGACAUUCUUGAGUGUCUGUUCAGUACCGAGACCCUCUCCCGCAAUGCCUCGGGUCGAUCCAAGGUUCUUCUCCCACUGGGCAUGUUCCUCCUCGCUCUGGCAUACUGCUGUCUUCACUCUAUCGCCUUGUACUAUCAAGUCAUCACCCUCAAUGUCGCCGUCAACUCGUACUCCAACGCCCUGUUAACUCUCCUCCUCUCGAACCAAUUCGUCGAGAUCAAGAGCACAGUCUUCAAACGCUUUGAGAAGGACAACCUCUUCCAGCUUACCUGCGCCGACAUUGUUGAGCGUUUCCAGCUUUGGAUCAUGCUUCUUAUCAUUGGAAUGCGCAACAUCAUUGAAGUCGGUGGGCUUAGUAUUCCCGGCGCAGGCUCAGAGUCACAGUUUGACGAUUCAUCGGUACCGCUACACAACCCGUCAAUCCUUCCUCACAGCUUCACCGUUUUGCCUUCUUGGCUCAUGUCGGGCGAGGUGCUCUCCCCGUUCCUCAUCGUCAUAGGAAGCGAAAUGCUUGUUGAUGCUAUUAAACACGCCUACGUGACGAAGUUUAACAACAUCAAGCCAUCUUUCUAUAGUCGCAUCCUUGACAUCCUCUGCAAAGACUACUACACAAACGCAUUCAUGGCUCCGUCACUCACCAAGCGUCUCGGUCUUGCAGUCAUCCCUCUCUCAUGUCUCUUCAUCCGAGCCUCCAUUCAAACCUACCACAUGCUUCUCUCCACCCACCUCCCCAUGCCUCUCCCUAUUCCGGAAUCUACACAAACAUCCCUCACCGAAGAAUCCGCCACACCUUCAUCACCAGCUAUGAUCGCCGCCCUCAACCGCUUCGACUCUCUCAUUCGCGACUCCCUCGGCCGCGCAACAUACGGCUACCCCUAUGGCUCACCCCUCAACUCCCGCCCCUGGUACUCCUGGACAUCCGACGACGUCAUCGCCGCCAUAACCAUGGUGGUAGUAUUCUUCAUCGCCUUCCUCGUCCUCCUCAUCCUCAAACUUCUCUUGGGUAUGCUCCUUCUUAAGUACGCUCGCAACCGCUACGCACGCAUGAAGCGCGCAGAGCACCAAGGUCGUGCGCCUGAGUCAUUCGACACACCCGGUGCGCGCAGAGUAGGCGGCUUCGGACAAGUCGAGGUUGGCGAAGAGAGACAAAGAUGGAUACACGCUGAUAGGAACGAGGGAUUGAAGGGUGGGAAGGGCCCGGGGAAGAGGAAUGAAAAGCCGACAGAAAAGACGAAGAAGGAUGAUUUUGAAAAGGUGAUGAGGUAUGAGAUGGUUGCGAAAAGGAUAUGGUGA